AUUGAUUUCUUUAAAUAAAGCUAAGCGCCGGGGAGUCUGUGCCGUGCACCUACACCCAUAAACCAGGGUACUCCAUUAAAUUUUACAAGAGCCAACCAACCAAGUUUAAAGAUGAGAGCGAGUGGGAAGCGCGCGAGAGAGGAAAGCACCAGGCGGAAAGCUGGUGGGAAUAAGUAUGCGGAAGACACCCCCGACUUUCAAACACUAGCUUCUCUCUACUCUUCAUUUCAGCCAUACGUUUUGUACGGGCGAGACGGCAAUGGGCGCCCCAGAAUUGAUUGGAGAGACUUUAAUGCUACGAGGGAGCUCACCCGGGUUCUCCUCCACCAUCGCUUUGCGCUGCAGUGGUGGAUUCCAGACGGCCAGCUCUGCCCCACGGUGCCCAAUCGCUUAAAUUACAUACACUGGAUCUAUCACCUUCUCUCAUCACAUUUUAUACCAAGCCAACGCCCAGCCAGCAGCUGUGCAGAUACAGAUGUUGUGAGAGGAUUCGAUAUAGGGACCGGUGCCAAUUGUAUUUAUCCCUUGCUUGGUGCUUCUCUCCAUGGAUGGCGUUUUGUGGCUACUGAUGUGACCCAGGUGGCUCUUGAAUGGGCUCGAAAGAACGUCGAGAGCAAUCCUCAUCUGGUUGACUUGAUUGAGGUCAGGAAGGCAGGGGAACUUGAGUUUGGGAAGAAUUCGUGCGCCCAAAAUAAUGAGGAAGCUUCUUCGGAGUGUCUCUCCACUGGUGGACACAAAACAGAGAGUAUUUCAGAACAAUAUGUUCUGGACUGCAAUUCAGAGGUAUCUAUACUCUUGAAGGACGGAGAAUCCAACACAGAGAUAAAACCUGUAGAACUAUUAUAUUUGGAAGUUCCAAGUUUUGAAGGCUCUGGUAGCAUCUCCAAGAAAUAUAAGGGGCCAUCGGUGCUUUUAGGGGUUAUAAGAGAAGGCGAGGACUUUGAUUUUUGUAUGUGCAAUCCUCCUUUUUUUGAGAGCAUGGAACAGACAGGUGCAAAUCCUAGAACUGCUUGCGGCGGAACUAUGGAGGAGAUGGUUUGCCCUGGUGGAGAGCAAGCAUUUAUCACUCGCAUUAUUGAAGAUAGCAUUCAACUGAAGGAGCGUGUUAGGUGGUAUACAACAAUGGUGGGGAGGAAAGUAAACCUGAAAUAUCUCACCUCAAGUCUUCGUAAGGCUGGUGUUACCAUGGUACAGACUACCGAAUUUGUUCAGGGUCGAACAUCCAGGUGGGGCCUUGCUUGGACCUUCAUUUCUCCUUCUAAGGGGUCAAUCUGUGUGCUUCCAGCAACUGAAAAGACAAAUCAAUCUUUCAUGUUAGAGGGUCUUCAACGUUCUUGUACUGCUUUACAAGUAUUGCAGUCCGUGGAGCAAUUCUUCCAGGCUUUUAGUGCUUCAUGCAAAGUUGAUUUGUCUUCAUUUUCAGUAACGGUGUCAUUUCCAGAUGCAAACUGUAAAGAAGCUAUAAAUGAUAUUUCACUAAAAUAUGGUAUAAAGUCAAUGGAUGAAAUAGCACCAAAAAUAAUUCAAGGAAAGAACAUCAUAGAUUCCUGGCCACAAGGAUUAACAUUUCGAGUUUCUGUAUUUGAGCAAUCUCCAGGUACACUGCUGGUGAAGGGAUUAUUAAUGAAAAAAGAGAUUUCAUCUUCAGAGUAUUGCGGAUUGUAUUUGGGAGAUGCGUGAAUUUCAGAAGAAAGGAUAUAAUUAUUCAUAUGCACAGUGGUGAUCAUCGGUGUGUGAAGGUUUUUGUUUCAUAUCUUCUUCAGCAACUCUAUUUGCUAGCAGUUUUGUAGAAGCCUUCAGUUUUCUGAGAUAUUAUCGGCUUCUUGUCUUGUUUGUUAAGUGCUAUCAAUCAUGAUUAGAUGAUUGCUUGUUAAGUUUGAGAGCUCUGUAUUCAAAUUUGUGCCUUCAAUAAAAUUUGAUUUUUUGGUGUGGCUGGGUUUUUCACCCUCAGGUGGAGGGUUUUCCCAGGAUAAUUUUUUUGUGUAUCUUGUUCUUAUAAGAUUUCUAGUUUCAGAUUUUGAGACUUAUCUUUCUGGUUCAAUUUUAACAUGAAGAAGGUAUCAAGCUGAUGAAGUUUAUUUGAUAAUGCUGGGUUAUUGUGUUGAAUAUACAGAGAUGGUUUCAGACUCUGCUUUGUUGAUGAUUUUGUGGUUAUUCAGCUCACGUAGAAAGAUUAUUAUUUGAAGAUAGUGACAAGUAUCUGAGCAUAGUAUGGUUUAUUUAAAAAAAACUCCAGUGACCUGGUGUUCUUUGGUUUGAACAUGCAGAAAACCUUGUUUUCAGGGCUAAAUCACAAUGUACCGAGUUAAAAGAGUUUUACUCAUUUCAGAUUAAAACAUAGAGCUAAUAUUUUUGAUUAAACUUCUAGAUUAGAUUUUCUGAGUUGGUGCUCAGUAAGAUUGGUAUCCAUGUUUCAAGUUGGUGCUCAUGAUAUGAGUUGUUGCUCAGUUUGUAAUGGGUUGGUGCCCACAGUUCAUUUAUAAAAGUGUUUCAUUGUACCGUGGUUUUUUUUAACCCUGAUGGGUUUUCCACAAGAUAAACUCAGUGUCAAUCCCCCCCUCUCAGUAUCUUUGUUUGUUUUUUCACUUAGAUCCCAAAUUUUUGUUUUCCAAGUCCUUUGAAGUGGAUGAAUAUGGUGGGUCUUAAGCUUAACACAUGCCUAGAGAGGUAGAGAGGAUGACUCUUGAAGAAAGUUUUGAAGACCAAAUUCUAGAUGAAAGGUUUACGGACGCUCUUUUCAACAUCUCUCCAGGAGUGGAUCCCCAUCAUCAUACUUGAAUUUUGCCAUGCUAUGCAGCUAUGCUGGGUAUAUUUGCAUUUUCUCAGUCGAAAAUGAGAACUAAAUGGUUGCCAUCUCAUGCUUUCUCUUUUACGCAUAAUGCUAGCUAGCUACUGUGAGUAAUAGCGAUUCUUGCUCUCUUCUUUAAACUCGUUCAAGUUGGCUUCUCUGUUGAAAAUGUGAUUUAUUUAGACUUCUUGCAAAUUGAUUCAAUGCAAUGUAUGGUUAACAGUUUUCCACCUAAUUCAGAGGCAUGUUUGAGAUGAGUUCUUAGGUCUGGAUUAUUCUCCAUCUGUACUAAGGUCUCCUUAAUAACACUGAAAACUUUCCUGAUUCUUUUCAAACCUUUGUCUCAAUGACUAAAAUAGACUACAGUUUAACAAGUAGGCAUGAAUUAGCAGAUGAUUUACUGCUUUGUUUGUUACGAUUAUCAUAAUUGACAUCCUCUAAAGUUAACGUUAUUAUAAAGUCUGAAAAUGUAGACACUAAUAAGAUGAUCUGGUUAUAGAGUUAUUUUCAUUUCAUCUUCACUCAU